AGGAAAUGACCUUUGUUUGGGGUUUGGGGAAAAGGCCAGGCUGGGUCGGGGCACGUGUGUUUUGCGUGCAGAGGGAAGAGGCUGGCCAGGCGGCCUCUCCUGCUGCAAAGAUGGGCAAGAAGAGCAAGAAGGAGAAGAAGGUGAAGGGGGCUGAGAAAACAGCCGCCAAGAUGGAAAAGAAAGUCUCCAAGAGGGCCAAGAAGGAGCAGGUGAGCCCAAAGGGCUGCGAGGAAGCUGAGCUGCCCGCCUCCCGCCAGGGCUCCUGUGCCUUUAAGAGCUUCGCUGCAGGCAGAAGCUCAACAGGUCUGCAUUUCCUGGAUAAAGAAGAAAAGCCCCCUUGGCUGAAUUUCUGUGUAGUCUUCAGCCCCCACCCCGCUAAAAAAAAAAAAAAGGCGCAUCAGCUAUAGGGCGGGGUGGGGGGGAAGGAAUGCAAUUCAUACGAACGUAGGUAGCUGCUUCAUACUGAGUUAGACUAUUGGUCCAUUGAGCGCAGUGCUGGCUGGCAGCAGCUCUCCAGAGGUUUCGUUUCAUUCAUUUUACGUAUUUGUAUGUCUCUUUCCCACAAAAUAAAAUCAUGCUCAGAAAAGCGGCUUACAACCAAAAAGCAGGGAUGCAUUUCAAACAAUUUCAUAGUAACAUAGCAGAACAUGGCAACAGUUUCAUAACAUAGCAGAACAAUAACGAAUAUAAUAACAAAAACCCACAUUCUGAUACUAUAAAUAGAACGAGGUUAUUUAAACAACACGCAGCGUCCAAUAGUGGAAAUAAUAAAGGAGCUUCGCAUUUCGUCUUAGUCCUAGAAGCACUCCUCCCAAGGUGUUGCUCAGUGUCCCUCUCUUGCAGCAGCUUAGAAGGCUUCCAAGGGCAAAGGGUGGGGUAACUGGAAACACCCCUGCCGUGAUAUUGGUGUUUCAGGCAUGGGGUGUCUCCAGCCCUACCUGGAGGUGCUGCUGGGGAUUGAACCUGGGACCUUAUGCAUGCAAAGCAGAUGCUCUGCCACUAAGCUAUAGCUCUUUUAAAAAUAAAGGUUUGGGGUGCUGUGGCAGUACUCUAGGUGAGAGAGAACAAGAAGAGAGAGAACAGUGUAAUAGAAUAAGCCCCCAAAUCAUCUGAGCAUGGGAAAUUCCUUCUAGAUCUUGUGGUUCAGUCUGUGCUGGCCGAUGGGAGUUGUAGUCCAGCAACAUAUGGAGGGCACCUGGUUGUGAAAUGCUCUUGAUCAGUCUGUCUCUUUGUUUAAAGGAGGAUCUUGAAGCUCUUAUAGCGGAAUUCCAGACACUGGAUGCUAAGAAGACUCAAGUGGUUGAGACAAGCUGCCCCCCGCCCUCCCCAAGGUAAGAAUGUGCACAGGGGUCAUAUUUUCCUGGAAGUGUGGGCUAUAAACCCCUAAUAAUUUUACCAGCCUUGCUGGAACCAGCAUUGAUUGUGCAGCAUUUAGAAUAACUAAAAGAUCAGAGGGGUCUCAUCAUUUGGCUUUAUUCUCUGUUAUUUUUUCUACUAACUUUUUUUUUUUUAAUUGCUUUUUACCUAAUAGUGUUAAUCUUUUGAGACUUGCUUGCAGCCUUUCUCAACCUGUGGGUCCCCAGAUGUUGUUCAACUACAACUCCCACCACCCCUAGCUAGCAAGGCCAGAGUUCAGGGAUGAUGGGAGUUGUAGUCCAACAACAUCUGGGGACCCACAGGUGGAGAACCGCUGUGUGUUUGCUCUUGUAUUUCUGUUGGUUUGGUGUUUUUGCAAACUGCCUCUCAGCCUCGCAAGGUUGUUGUGUGGAAGAAAUGAGGAUGGGAAGAGCCCCUUGAGCUCCUUUGUGGGAGGAAAGGUGGGAUAUAAAUGAAAUAAAUAAAUAAAUGAUACUAUGAUUUUGAAAUUAAAUGUGUUGAUAUUUCCCCUCUUUUAAUGUUAGUAUGGAUAACAGUAAUGAACCUAAGCUGUUGUCAAUAUAGUGACCACUUUCAUACGUCUCAGAAAGUGGCUGCUUUUGCAUGUCACCAUAAGUGUUGCAGGAUGGAGUUAUCUAAAGCUCUAAAGUACUUUUGCACGGUACGCAUGGAACAGCUCCCCAGUUUGUUCUCCUUCUUAUAUCUGCCCCAUUUUUCCAUCUCCAGGCUCAACGCAUCUCUGUCUCCCCAUCCUGAGAAAGAUGAGCUAAUCCUCUUUGGAGGUGAAUAUUUCAAUGGCAAAAAGUAAAGUAUAUCCUUUUGUCUAUCCUCCUGCCCCCUUCCCUGCCCCAGGGUACCUGUGGUUGCCCUCCAGGUGGUGCCAGGCUCCCAACUCCCAUCAGCCCCAGGCAGCGUUGCCUAAUGGGCAGGGGUGAUGGGCAUUGUACUCCAGCAACAUCUGGAGGGCCAUGGGCUCCCCAGCCCUGCCCUAACCCCAGUUCACCCUGCUUAUACUUUUUGCCUUGACUUUUUGCUUCCAGUGAUUUUGCACAAAAUUAUUUUAUUGGAAUGAGGAGCUAUUCAGGGUCCCAGAAUAAAUGGGACUGCCUGUCCAUGCUGCCCACUGUAAUGACGUUCCAGCUGCCACAGGCAUGGCAGGUUCCAUUAAAAGGGCCAAGAGUGAUUGCCUGGCCAUCAUCAAUGUUUUAGGAGUUCAUAACUCCUGGAGACAGAUUUGGAGCAUCUCCUUCAGCUCCUCGGCCUCUCUGCACAUGAAUAGCCUUCCUGCUGCUUUGCAAAAGGAGCUGGUCUCCUUUCUGUCCAAAUUGAGCACAUCCAGACUAUGAAUUUUGCAGAUACAGAGUCAGACAUUUGGGUCACAGACUGAUUGUGGUCUCAAAUUAGCAGUAUAGGAAUUGAGUCAUUUCCCCCAACCAUUCCCUCUUUCUGUACAAAGCAUUCUUUGGGCUGACGCAGUGGGGAAGCAGACAGUUCCUCUGCUGUUUCAUCCUUCAGCCCAUAAUUUCUCAACAUGGGGCAACAGGUUUCUUGGAGGUCUGCUUAUUGUGGAGGAGCCUGCUUGGCUUUUACCACCAUGUCUUCCCAAGUUCCUAUCCCCUUAACGCCAGGAUUCCCUUCUGAGGUAGGUAAAGUUGCUAGGAGUUGCACCUUCACCCCUCAGUACCUAAAAAAGGUCAUGCUUUGGUAACUAGAAGUCUUUUAUGAAUGUAAUAGAUUUCUGUUUAGCUCUGGGCACUGCCUAGUGUGCAGAAGUGUCCUUGUCUCUCUUCAAAGAGCUUGGAAAAUGCAAAUCCUGGUGAGAGCUUUUAAAAUAAUGCUUUGGCAUCAGUACCUCUCCCAAGACUUAAGGGAUGGGGUAGGCUCUAAACCAGGCACCCCCAACAUUCGGCCCUUCAUAUGUUUUGGACUACAAUUCCCGUCAUCCCUGACCACUGGUCCUGUUAGCUAGGGAGCAUGGGAGUUGUAGACCAAAACAUCUGGAGGGCUGCAGGUUGGGGGUGCCUGCUCUAAACUAAGAGAAGAAACUGAGUGCGCAUCUAUUACCAAGUCAGGUUAAAGGUCCUUGCAUUAAUUUGCAAAGGCCUGAGCAACUUAGGUCCAGGGUAGCUUAGGGAUCACCUGAACCCUUAUAUCCUGGCUUGAUAAUUGAGAUCAUCUGCAAGGGUGGUGUUGACCGUUCUACGAGUUGCCAAAGCUCAUUUGGCAUCGAUGUGAAAUUGAGUCUUCAGCAUCAUUGGCUUGAUCCUGUGGCAUGAUCCUGGUGAAGAUUCAUCAGCUGCCUUCUAGAUUAAAUUUACCUUUAAAUGUUUGCUGGAAAAAUUUCUGUGCUAGGUUAUGUAUACACAUAAGAGCCAUGAUUUUAAAUUUUAAUGUGGUUACAGUUUAAAAUCAUUAGUAGGAUUGGAAUAGCACUUGCAGUUUAAUGGUGCAUUUUGGAUAUGAUGGAGAUAUAAAAGACUUGGAUUAUUAUAAAACAUGCAGGAGGAAAUGAUUAACGAUAGGACCCACAAAAGCGGGGAGGGAAGUCCAAGAGAUUCUUUGUAAUCUUGUUUUUAUGAUGUAUGUUGGAUAUUUGAUUGUAAAACUUUAAUUCGAAAAACCAAAUAAAUAAAUUUAUAAAAAUAAAUAAAUGUUGAUGUGGUUUUUUUAAUUGUAUAGAUAUAAUUGUGGCAAAUCACUUUGGGGUUUUUUAUUAUUAAAUUGCCGUAUACAAGUAUUUUAAUAAAUAAAAGGAAUGUGUGUGUGUGGAGUAUGCUACAUAUUCUAGCAAGCUUCUGCCUUGUCUUUCUCUUCCUCUAGACGUUCCUGUACAACGAGCUGUUUGUUUACAACAUUCGGAAGAACAGCUGGGCUAAACUUGACAUCCCCAACCCCCCUCCACGCCGCUGUGCCCAUCAGGUAAUAAUACACUCUGCCCCAGGAAGCAGUUCUAGGAGGGGAGGGUUCGCAGUAGUAGGAGGGGUUACACAGCUGAUACAGAGGCCCUCCUGACAUCCUCCUUCACCAGCAUCAUACCAUGUGUUGCCUCAGAGUAGCAGUAUAUUAAUUGUUAUUUGUUUUAAGGUUUCAGGGUGGGUAAUAACAAUUUAAAACACAACGUAUAUUUAACUUUAAAAUCAUAUAAAUAUAUAGGCACAGAGACACACAUGCACACUAGGGGCUGCUGCGCCACACUAGGGAUCCCCUUUCCCAACUCAUACAACUAUUAUGCACAGUCCCAACUCCAUUUCUGAAGCCGCCUCUGUCUUUGGUUCUGCAGUCCUGUUUUUAUCUUCACCCCUAUUCUUCCUCCCCUUUGCCAUUUUCCUCUCAGUUCCUUCUGCCCCUGCUUUUCUCAAACUUCUGCUGUUUAAAACCACUUUCCCCAUCAGUGUCUCUCCCUUCUGACUCCCGUGCCACUGCCCCUUGUGUCAGGCAACCUGUCUUCUUUUCCCCUCCCCUGCCCCACCCUGACUUCAUGCAAAUCCAAGAUUGUGAUGUGGCACUGCAGAUCGUCCAAUAAGGGACAGCAAUGACAGCCUUAUAUUUUUAUGUAGAGAGAGAAAGUUGCAUGGUUAUUUUUGCAUCAGAUGUGGAAAUAAGCAUAUAUGCAAGAACGGUGCUAGAGAAACCCAGAGUUUGGUGCUGGUGCUCGAAAAAGGAUGGGCUCUCUCUCUGUGUGUGUGUAUAUAUAUAUAUAUAUAUAUAUAUAUAUAUAUAUACACACAUACAUAUAUAUAUACACAUACAUAUAUAUAUACAUACAUAUAUGUGUGUGUGUGUGUGUGUGUGUGUGUGUGUGUGUGCGCUCUCUCUGUAAAAUUCUACCUGUCAUAAAUGACAGUGUCCAGCAGGUGGUGCUUUAACAAGCUGUAAUUUUCCACAACAAGCCGUUCUCUGGAGCAGGACUCUCCAACCCGUACAGAUCAACUCCUGGGAUCCCGCUCUUAACCUCAUCCUGCAACCUGGACCUGUUUUUAAAUUUGUUUUACUGGAUAUGCCUUUCUCUCUCCUUACCAAGCAGCAGAAGAAGAAAAUCCUUCUAGACUUCUUUGUGUGACCUACCUUUGGGUUACAUGUGAUCUAUUUCUGGGCCACCAUCCAACUACUGUAGGCCACCACAGGCCUGGAGUUGCAAUACACUUUUGCAUACAUACAUUGCACUGUUUGGCCCAGAUCAAAGCAUAAAAACACUGUUUCAUUCAACCCAGCAAUCCCAGCACAAAGCAACUGCAGCAGUACUAACGCCCUCCCCCCACCAACUUUUCUACCCAAAAGCUCAUAGAAAAAGAAAUAUUCACAAGGUCUGGUGAAAGGAUGACAAGGAGAGAGCCAAAUGAAUCUCUUGAGGCAGGGGAUUCUUUGGAAUUCCUCUUGAGGGGCCACUCUUGGAAAAAAGUCCUGUCUGCUAAAUUACUUUGUAUGCUGCAGAGAAAGAACAUCUAGAUACCUCUCCUUGUGACACUGUUAUCCUUUGGUGUCCAUUCUGAAUUACGAAGGGAUUCUGAAGGCUUUAGCCCAAAUGCAGCCCAGGAGCUGAGGCAAUAAGACCCAUCUGCCACCACUGAACUGUGAAGCCUCCAGAAUCAGGCCAUCUCUCCCCCACCCCCUUUCAGCUAUUAAAGUCACAGGCUUGGCUUUGUCAGGGAAGGAAUUGCUCUACUCAUGGCUAGGAUUACCAUUUCUGCUUGGAGCUGUUUCAGAUCUGCGAACUCUGGACGACCUGUACACAUAGAGCCGUGGCCUUGGGUGUCGCAACAGUAAAAUGGGGUAAGCACGACCCAGCUCUCAGUGUUGUUGGUAAGGUUUAAUGAGAGAGGCUGUUGGUGUGUUGCACAUGUUGAAAAUUACACAAAAGUUUCCCUAACUUUUUAUCUAUCUAUCUCUCUUUCUUUCUUUGGCAGGCUGUGGUGGUAGCUCAGGGUGGCGGACAGCUUUGGGUGUUUGGCGGGAGUUUGCUUCACCAGACGGGGAGCAGUUUUACCACUACAAAGAUCUCUGGGUCUUGCAUUUGGCCAGCAAGGCCUGGGAGCAAAUAAAGUAAGUGAGGUGUGGCAUAAUGCAUAAGCUGCUUGUCUCCUUGAGCAGCAGCACUGCCAGAGUCCAGUCCUGGGAAACGUCUCUUUUUUCCUUUCCCAGAUGUUGCCGGACUCCCAACUCCCAUCAGCUGGCUGGGGCAGAUCAGAGUUGGAGUCCAACAGUGUCUGGAAGGGCCACAGAUGUUUCCCAACCUUAGGAGAGGGGUGUGAUAAGUGGGUAGGCAAAGCGAGUCUUUGCUUUCUGAUCCCAACUGAUUGGAAAGGUAGAGCAUCUUCGAAUAUUGAAGAGUGUUUAGGAAAUUGUGACAACACAAAGCGUGAAUUUAUCUGGUUGACAAAUAGGCAAUGCUGUCUUCCAUAUGUGAUCACCUUUUCCUACCUGGAGGAAAUACUUAAAACAUGAAACUGCACAUUGGUGUUUAUAUGAACAUGCAGGAACAUGGGAGGCUGCCUUGCACCAAUUCAGACUGUUGGUCCCUCUAGUUCAGUAUUGUCCACACUGACAAGCAGAAUGGCUCUCCAGGGUUUCAGGCAGGGAAUCUCUCCCAGCACUACCGGGAGAUGCUGCUGGGAAUUGAACCUGGGUACGUCAGCCUGCAAAGCAGAUGCUCUACCCCUGAGCUGCAGUAGAAAUACCCUUCUGUACGCAGCUGCUCUAUUCCAAGUCUGACCACCUAGCUCAGUACCAACCAUUUGGACAAGCAAAGGCUUUCCAAGGUUUCGGGCAAAGUUCUUUCCCAGGUCCUCCUGCCUGAGAUCUGAUCAGCUGAAGAUGGCAGUCUGGUGUAGUGGUUAGAGUGCCAAAUUAGGACCUGGGAGACCAGGGUUUAAAUCCCUGACUCUCACCAAGCAUGAUCUUCGGCCAGUCACUGCCUAUCAGCCUAACCUACCUUUCAGGGUUGUUGUGGGAAUUAAAUGAGAAGGGGGAGGACCCUGCACAGCACCGUGAGUCCCUUGGAGAGAAAAGGCAGGAUAUAAAUAAUAACCUGGAAUCUUCUGCCUGUGAUGCACUGGCUCUGCCACUCCUCUGCGGAAGCCCCGUCUGACCCUGUGUUGUCAGUAAGACCUCCUAGGCCCCUGUUUAGCCCACCCUCUCUUUUUUGUUUUCUGCAAACUGCAGUCGAAAUGCCAGAAGGAGGGAGUAGCAGAAAGUUGAUUUACACACAGACACACUGUCAGGAGAGCAGUGAAACACAGGCGGGCUGCCUCCCCCGCAGACCUUCUCAUCAGCACAGAUGUUGGAGCUCUUCCCGAGGAGGAGGCGGAGAUGGAGCUUUUGUUUCUAAUAAAUAAAAAAGGGCAGGGUGGGGGUGGGAGAGAAGCAGUUUGUCAGCCAAGAGGGCAAGUGUGUUGCCUAAAGAAAAACAGGCAGCUGGUGCUUGAGCCAAAUGGACGUUCUUGUUCCCCACAUUGGGGUUGGGCAACUUCAGGCCCUUCUGGUGUAGUUGGGAGUCCUAACUCCCACCAUCCCUGCGGCCAUUGGUCCUGCUGGCUGCAGGAGUUGCCGGGAGUAGGAGUCCAACAACACGAGGAGCAGAGGCAUCUCAGUCCCCGCUCCCCAAAUGGUACGAAGCAGGAACUGGCGAUGUGCAAACAGUGGUGCCUUCUUCAUUCACUUCUCAGUCUGUUCACUUCUGUUUCAGGGCUUCUGGGGGCCCUUCAGGUCGGAGCGGACACCGCAUGGUGGUGUGCAAGAGGCAGCUGAUCCUCUUUGGAGGGUUCCACGAAAGUGCAAGGUCGGUCGGCGCUGUGCUUUUUGUUUGCUUGUAAAGGGCUGGCUCGGGCCCAGCAGACCUUAGGCCAGGGGCUGCUCACUUGUGGCCUUCCAGAUGUUGCUAGAGUCUCUGUACGCAUCACCCUUGAGCAAUGGCUGUGCAGAUGGAGUCCGACAAUAUAUGGAGGGUUACAGCAGCUACCCCAUUCCUGCCUCAGAUCCAUCUUGUUCAUUGCACCCCAUUCUGAAUCCUGCCAGUCAGUGGAGUUCCAUUGGUCAAUGGAGUUGUCAGCUAAUCUCCAGUCAUUGGACUUCAUUUCUUCCACCGUGUGCCAUGUGUUGAUGGCAAGGGCUUGUGGAGAGACGGAUCUGCUGCAGAACUCCCUUUCAUUGGAGGUGGGGAGGAAAGUCAAUUAAGGGACUAGGGACAUUGUGGAGGUUUGUCAUGUGAUGGAAUGGGUUGGAGAAUGUGGCCACAGAAAAGUGUCGUCUCUUUUUCCCAUAACAUUAGAAAGAACUCCAACAAAACUGACUAGCUGUAAAUUCAGGAUGGACAAAGGGAAGUCCACCUUCAUGCAAUAAACUUGUGGGAUUCUCUGUGUAAACGUGCUUACACAGAUGCUGAAGUGGAUUGUGCUGAUUGCUGGAAGACAGAUUUAUCAAUAGCUCUUAGCCAUGGUGGCUGUAUGGAGCCUCCAUGUUCAGUUGACGUAUUCCGUUAAAUGCCAGGUAGCAGAGGCAUACAGUGUGGAAGGUACUCACGCCCUGUUUGUGGGAUUUUUUGGGACAUUUGAUCUGCCACUGUGUAGGAAAUGGAAUGCUGAACUAGAUGUGCCUUUGCAUUGCUCCAUGUUCUCAAUGUCUUACAAGUUGCAUCUAAAGCCAAAGCUUGGAGUGUAUUCUGGAAGCUAGACUGGAGCAUCAUUAAAAAGAGAGAGAAAGAAACAGUGUAAUUCAGACAGGCUCCUUUCAGGAAUCUGCUUCCAGAAAUGACUCCUUUUUUCUUGUCACCUACACGUCAGAGAGUAAGGAUUUUUGGACAUUCAGCACCAGGGACAGCAACUUUAGGAAGGAAGAGACUUCCUGAUAAGUUUCGUGUGCUUAUACAUUUUUGCUCUGCCUUCCAAAGGAUAAGGUGUACAUCGCAAUCUCUGGAAGUUCCAGUGAUGUGGGCACGUGCCCCAGCUUAGUGCUCCAAGAGGCAGGGUGUCCGAUAGACACAGCCCUGCUUAGCUUCAGCAAGGUUCAUGUGCCUUCAGACCAUGCGCCUUAUCAGUACCUCUGCCUGCUGCUUUUGUUCCAAUCAGAGAUUACAUCUACUACAAUGAUGUUUAUGCCUUUAACCUGGACACAUUUGCCUGGACCAAGCUGACUCCCUCCGGGAUGGCCCCCGCUCCAAGGUCUGGUUGCCAUCUAGCUACCACUCCUGAAGGCAACAUCCUCGUCUAUGGAGGCUACUCCAAGCAGGUAAGUGGUGCCUUUUACAUUGACUUGCUUAGUUCCCUGUUCCAUAUUCUUUAGAGCGACUAAGAGUGAGUUUGCAAGGAAUAGGCUAGCUUCUCUUAUCUGUGUUUCGUUGGGGCUCUGGAUCAUUUGUAGCAAUGUCCACAUAACUGAAGACACACACUCUGGACUGGUUGUUUUCCGGUACAGUUCUCCCUUCGUGUGGCUCAGAUUUCCCACAUGGCGGGGGUGGGGCGAUCACUCUGUGCCCCAAGUCAUUCAGCAAACUUGUUGAUCUGCAAAAAGUUUGGCCACUGAGCCUCAGUCUGCUUAAUCAGACUGAACAUUUGGGUGGUCAAGGCUUCUUAAAGUGAAAAUGUUCCCGUCCAUCUUCACAUCCCCUAAGUUGGGCUCUUGUUGCAGUUUGUACAGAAAAUGUACAACUUCCCUCCUUUUGCAGGGCAUGGAAGCAGAUCUCUUUAGCCGCUAUUGCAUCUGAACAGCCAAAGGGACACCACCUUUUGAGCCUCUCCAGUCCCAUCUCUUUUGCCUUCCUGUUUUGCUUCAUCAUUCAAGGGUAUGGAAUGGAGGUCUUGGUGUUGCCUUUCCUAGUGGAUAACUAGACUGUGGCUAUAGUGCUAACUCCACAAUGCCUCUUCCUUUCCUGCCCAAUCCCUGGGAGCUCUAGGCAGGAUGCUGUUUAAUUUAAGCCUCAAAACAACCCGAGGAGAUAGGUUGGGUUGAGGGCAAGCCUCAAGGAGGUCAUUAUAGCUAAACGCAGAUCUGAGUGUGGCUGCUCAGCUCAGCUGUGCUGGCUUGUGCACUACAUGUUAGAAAUUAAGGGGAGGCAUAAUGAAGAUGUCUAAUAGCAUGAGCAGAAAGCUAGACUGUUGUGAUCGCCCACCCCCUUCUUUUGAUCCUGUUUGUCUGGAAGGAAAUGAGGGCUUCUCUCCUGUGUUCAUUCUUCAUUUUACUUUUACUGUCUGACUUUCUCAUUAGUGUGUUCUGCCAUAUAGGGUGGGAUCUGCUUGGAUUUCCAAUUUUGCAGAUGCUCACCUGCUUCAGGGGUUGCCUACAUGUACCCACAGAGGGCAGAGAGGGGCAAAAAACUUGUCCCGGUGAUCAAGCACAGCAGCGGCUGACCUAUGUAGGUGCCUGCCCCAUUUUGUGAUCCUUUCUCUUUUUUCCUGCUCUUUUAGAUGUGGCAGCCAUUUUGUGACCUGCCACACCCCCGCAGCAGCCAUUUUGUUAUAUGCCAGCACCCCUCCCCAGCAGCCAUUUUGUGCCUGGUACCCACAGCACUUUCUCAAAAGUCCAGAUUUGCCCCCGGCACCAAAAAGGUUGGAGUUCCUGCUUGAAUGCAGAAAAUAGUAACUCAUUUCUUGCACGGCAUCAGUGAUUUGCCCCUUUCCUGCUUUCUCCUAUUCCCACCAUCUGCACCAACCUUCAAACCACAAAGCAUGCCAGGUGUCUGUUUUUAAAUAAAUACUUGGUGGUUUGCGACAAGGGUAAUGUGGUUCCAAGUGGGGUAACAGUGCUGUUACCUGUCUGACUCUGCUCUUCCGAGCAUGGAGCUGGAAAGGCCUUGUAGUGCCUAGCUUCAAGCUGCUUGCUAGUUUUGGCCUGCUGUAUAUGGGCUUAUGGAACUCCCCACUUCCUCUUUUGGGGAUUUGACACCUGGGGACACCCAGGUACGUUGGCAGCCUAUAUAGCCUUAGCAAGAUCUUACAGUCUUAAUGAAUUUAUUGCAUUUACCGUAUAUCCCACCUCUUUCAGAGAGCUCAGGUAGGUGUAUAUGGUUCUCCCCCUCCUCAUUUAAUCCCCACAACAACCCUGUGAGGUAGGUUAGGCUGAGAGGGAGAGUGACUGGCUCAAGGUCACCCAGUGGGGGGUUUGAACCCUGGUCUCCCAGGUCCUAGUCUAGCACCCUAAUCACUGCCCCACACUGGCUCCCUUUGUAAGAUGCUAUGUGCAGUGGGAUUGUCCUAACUAGGUCUGAGAUCUCGCUGGGUGUUUUUUGCACGGGACAUGGUGCAAUUUGAAACAUGUCUAAGAGCGCCACCCUUUGAAAAUGCCCAAAGCCUUGAUUCUAGUCCUUAUCAUCAAAAGUCAUAUGUGAAGGCCAUCUUUGUUUCCACGCUCCACGUUGAUGGGUCGGGUUCCACAGGUGGAAUCACAAGCUGUUGUGUGUUGACACUUGCUUGAAACCUGUUGUAGCAUACAGAACUGUAGAGCUGGGAGGGUCAUUGGGGGGUCAUCUGGUCCUACCCUCAGUGCAGAAAUCUUGCCUCCACAAUGCUAUGCCAAAAUCUGCGUCCUUUUAAUUCCUGCCCAUUCUAGAGAGAACAACCACAUUUGGGUGUGACCACGUGAGGGAUACUGUGUUCAGUUCUGGUCUUACCUCGAAAGGGAUAUUGCAGAGUUGGAAAAGGUUCAGAAAAGGGCAACCAAAAUGUUCAAGGGGGUGGAGCAACUCCCUUAUGCUGGAAAGGUUGCAGUGUUUGAGAUGUUUCUUUUCCUUUUUUUUUAAGAUGAUAUUUAUUGGAGUUUUUUAUAGUUACAUACUAUGCAUACACAUAUCAUCUUACAUUUUACGUUUAUUCUUGCUCUCAAGAGCUGACUUCCCUCCUUCCUCCUUCUGGCUUUUUUGUGUUUGAGAUUUUUCAGUUUAGAGAAAAGGUGUUUAAGAGAUGAGAUGAUCAUGGCACGGAGAAGGUGGAUAGAGAACAGUUUCCCUCCCUCUCUCAUAACACUAGAACUCAUGGGCAUCCACUGCGUGUUGGAAGAUUUAGCGUAGAUAAAAGAAAGUGCUUCUUCAUGCAACACAUAGUUAAAACUAUGGAACUCCCUCCCGCAGGAGGCAGGGGCGGCCAUCAAAUUGGAAGAGGAUUAGACAAAUCCAUGGAGGAGAGGGCUAUUGAUGGCUGCUAGCCAUGAUGGCUCUGCUCUGCUUCCAGAGGCAGGAAUGCUGAAUACCAGUUGCUGGAAAGUGCAGGAGGAGAGAGAGCUUUGUGCUCAGGUCCUUCUGAGGGUUUCUGGCAGGCUGGUCGCUGUGAGAACAGGAUGCUGAAGUAGAUGGACCUGACCAAGCAGGCGGCUCUUGCGUUUCUCAGCAAGCCUGUUCCACCUUCUGCGUGACGGCAGAUCAGAUAUUGGAAAGCCACCAGCCUGCCUUAUCUUCUCUUUCUAAAGGGCUAUUGUAAGCAGCGGUUCUCAACCUGUGGGUCCCCACAUGUUGUUGGACUACAACUCCCAUCAUCCCUGAGCUCUGGCCUUGCUAGCUAGGGGUGAUGGGAGUUGUGGUCCAACAACAUCUGGGGACCCACAGGUUGAGAAAGGCUGGAUUAGAGGACAAUGCACGUGAAGCACUUUCUGAACUCCUUAAAAGUCAUAGAAGAUGCUGUGGUUACUCUUUAGCCUGUAGCUUUGUUUGCAUUUCAGUCUUUCUGUGCCUCAGUAAACCCUGUUCCAGGCUUGCAGAGGAAAGCCUUUUGUAAAAACUUGUAUAUGUAGACAAGCCUAUACAGACAUAUUAAGACGUAUGAUGUACACCUUGUAUUAAAAAUCUGUUUGUUUGUUUUUUAAAAAAAACAAUUUUAUUAUAUUCACAGUUUUAAAAUCUGUUUUAGUUAUUAGUUUUUAAUGGAAAUUUUGUACAGUGGUGCCUCGCAAGACGAAAUUAAUUCGUUCCGCGAGUUUUUUCGUCUAGCGAAUUUUUCGUCUUGCGAAGCACGGUUUCCCAUAGGAAUGCAUUGAAAUUCAAUUAAUGCGUUCCUAUGGUCAAAAAAAGUCCAAACAAAGCCAAAUUUGGUACAACAAGAGUUUAUUAACUGCUCUUUAAAGUCACACAUACUUUAAAGAGCAUAUCAAAACUUGAAGGAACAAUAAAUUAAGUUUCUAAACAUGACAGGAAAAACAUUUAAAAAUCAAACAAGGGUACAUUACAUUUUCUAAGACUCUGGGGGACCACUCGAAGAAGGUUCCUCUUCCACUCUUUGCUUCUUGCUGAGGAACCUGUCCAUGGUCUGCUGCUUCAUCCGCCUUUUCAGCAGCUCCCUGAGAGGCAACAUGAGCGUCGUAUUAAAAGUGUUCGCUUGGUCAUGUGCCACGUGCUUGAUAGGGUGGUGCCGCUCUGCAAAAGCCUGCACCUCCUUCCACUUCUGGCAAAUGUCCCUCAGUUCUUUGGAGGACGGCCGUUCCUCAGUUGCUUCCUCCUCUUCCAGCGAGGCCUGCUCCUGCGCAACCUCUGACUGCAGUUCAACCAGCUCCUGGGUGGUCAGCUCGUGGUCGUGCUCCUCCACCAGCUCGCAGACGUCCUCCUCUGUGACCUCCAGGCCCAUGGUCCUCCCUAAGGCAACAAUGUCCUGCACCACUGUUGACUCUGGUGCAUCAGAGUCACUUGGUGCCACACAGUCCGGCCACAGGCUGCGCCAAGCACAAUUCAAAUUUCUCUGGCUGAUCCCCUCCAGGCCGUGGUGAUCAUCUUCAAGCAGGUGACGAUGUCGAAGUGGUCCUUCCAGAAUUCCCGCAGGGUGAUGGUGGUGCAAUCAGUCACCUCAAAGCAUCGCCUGAAAAGCUCCUUGGUGUAGAGUUUCUUGAAAUUGGCGAUGACCUGCUGAUCCAUCGGCUGGAGCAGUGGCGUGGUGUUAGGCGGCAGGAACAUGAUGUUGAUGAAGCUGAACUCCUCCAACAAGUCCACCUCAAGGCCUUUAGGAUGAGCAGGAGCAUUGUCCAUCAGAAGCAAAGCCUUCAGCGGCAGGUCGUUGUCCAGCAGGUACUGUUUGACAGCAGGGCCAAAAGCAAGAUUGACCCAGUCCACAAACAGCACACGUGUGACCCAAGCCUUGCUGUUGGAUCGCCACAUGACACUCAGCUGCUCCUUGUCGACCUUGUGUUUCUUGAAGGCCCGUGGGUUCUCCGAGUGGUACACCAGCAGGGGCUUGAUCUUCAGGUCGCCGCUUGCGUUGGCACAGAAGAGCAGGGUCAGGCGGUCCUUCAUGGGCUUGUGGCCCGGCAACUUGGCCUCCUCCUGUGUGAGGAAAGUCCUUUUGGGCAUCCUCUUCCAAAACAGCCCGGUCUCGACGCAGUUGAAGACCUGCUGUGGAACAUAGCCCUCCGUCUUCACAACCUCCAGGAACUCCAAGGCAAAGUCUUCAGCCGCAGGGACAUCAGAACUGGCAGCCUCUCCAUGCCUGACCACGCUGUGGAUUCCGGAUCUUGCCUUGAACCGGUCAAACCAGCCUCUGCUUGCCUUGAAGACUUCUGGCUCGGCCGAGGUUCCUGGCUGUUCCCGGAUGAGGUCUGCGUGCAAGGCCUUGGCCUUCUCACAAAUCACGGCCUCAGUCACUGUGUCCCCUGCACGCUGCUUCUCUUCUAACCAGAUGAGCAGCAACUUCUCGACCUCCUCCAGAACAGCUGGGCGGUUCUUCACGAUCCUGGUGACUCCCUUGGCUGCAUCAGUCGCAAGGAUCUUCUCCCUCAUCUUCAGGAUGGUCCCGAUGGUCGAUGGGUUCCUGCCGUACUCCCUGGCGAGGUCCGUCACACGCAUUCCACCGUCGUGCUUCCGGAUGAUCUCCUUCUUCAUCUCCAGCGUCACCUUCUCCUUCUUCCUCUCGCCGGCCUCCGCAGCAGCAGUCUUCUUGGGUCCCAUGGCAGCACAGCUGUUACCUUUGUAAACUCAGAAAAAGAAAAAAAAAAUCAGCAAUUUAAACCCAGAACCAAGUCCUUGAAUUCCAAACACCCAACCCAAAAUCCAAAAACCCCAAAAAAAGUUUUAAAAGUUUAACUUACGAAAUGGCUGCAAAUCACCAAAGUCUUCAAAAUCCUCAAAUGGCUGCAAAAGAAGUUUUGGGAAAGCUUUAAAAAUCACCAAAGUCUUCAAAAAACUCAACUGUUCCCCCAGCCCCUCCCCAACUGUUGCAAACCCCUCCCCAACUGUUGCAAACCCCUCCUCAACUGUUCCCCCAGCCACCCAGCACACAGAAAUUCAAAACCCAGAAAAUUUUUUCAAAAAAAAAACAACAUGGCCCAAUGGUCACAGAAAAUCAUAAAAAUGCAGAAAAAACCACACAAGCUCCCAGAUUCUUGCAAACACCUCACCAGCUGUUCCACCCUCCACCCAGCACACAGAAAUUCAAAAAUUCAAAACCCAGAUUUUUUUUUUUUAAUAAAAAUGGCCCAAUGGUCACAGAAAAUCAAAAAAAUGCAGAAAAAAACACACAAGCUCACAGAGUAUUGCAAACCCUCCCCAGCUGUUCCCCCAGCCACCCAGCACACAGAAAUUCAAAAAUUCAAAACCCAGAUUUUUUUUAUAAAAAAAAUAAACAUGGCCCAAUGGUCACAGAAAAUCAUAAAAAUGCAGAAAAAACCACACAAGCUCCCAGAUUCUUGCAAACCCCUCCCCAACACCAAGUCCUUGAAUUCUAAACACCCCAACCCAAAAUCCAAAAACCCAAAAAAGUUUUAAAAGUUUAACUUACCAAACAGCUGCAAAAGAAGUUUUGGAAAAGCUUCAAAAAUCCAGCAAACUCUUUAAAAAGCUCAGAAAGGCCACCACACCGCGUGCAGUGUGUUGCUCCUCGAGGUCAAGUCGCAACUGCACCUCUUCCAGCAAUGCACCCUGGGUUUUAACGGUUUUACGAAAAUGGAAACAAACUUGCAAGACGUUUCGCCUUGCGAAGCAAGCCCAUAGGGACAUUCGUCUUGCGAAGCAACUCGAAAACGAAAAAACCUUUCGUCUUGCGAGUUUUUCGUCUUGCGAGGCGUUCGUCUUGCGGGGCACCACUGUACCAUUUUUAUAUCAACCACUUUGAUUUUCCUUUAUUUAAGCAGUGGAUAGAUAGCUAGAUUAAAAUAUAUAUAUCAAACAUUUCUUUUUUUUUCUACAGCGAAUUAAAAAAGAUGUUGACAAGGGCACUCUUCAUACAGAUUUGUUCCUGUUGAAGGCUGAAAGCUCAGGUAAGCAGGAGGGCUCAGGGCUGCCUGGACUCCAUACAUAGGAAGCUGGGCCUGGCCUGGGUUCAGUUCUCAGUGUAGUGGCUUAGCUUACUUAUAUGAGAUUUUUGGAGCUAUUUGCUUUUCAGGUGGCCUUCCACAAGUGGGAUGGCAGGGGAAGCCGGUGGAUGGGUGACAGAGCUGCCAUUUCAGAGGUAUGGGGUGGACAGAGGAGUAGAGGCGGGAUUUAAAGUCUUGCUUUUCAUUCCUAGCAGGCACUCUGCUCACAUUCUGCUGACCUUAGACUUCAUGAUGUUUCCCUUUGCCUGUGACUUGCAAAUGCUGUCCACCUUAAAAAAAAGAAGCACUCCUUUUCUCUUUCAUGUUCCCUAGACAAGUGGACCUGGGCUCGGAUUAGUUCUUCAGGGGUGAAGCCGACCCCCAGGUCUGGUUUCUCGGUGGCUGUGGGUCCCAGCAACCGGUCCCUUCUAUUUGGUGGGGUCCACGAUGAAGAAGAGGAGGAGGACCUUGAAGGAGACUUCUUUAACGAUAUUUAUUUCUACGACUUGGCAAAGAACCGGUGGUUUCCUGGACAGCUAAAGGUCUGGAAAGAUUCUUAUUCUUAACCACGAGGUUACUCCUGCCCAGCAGCCUUUAGCCACCAGCUCUGCCUUCAUCUGCAACGUGGAGAUAAUCACGCUGCCCUACCUUGCAGGGUUGUUGUUAAGAAUUGCAGCAAGUGCAAAAUGUCGGCAAAAGUGCUCUGAGCACUUCAGAGCCCUGUGCAAGUUCUGAGGGUUUCACCUUUUGGUUUACAAGCCCCCUGGCCUUGCAGAGGAGACAGGGAUGUGUGCAUGAACACCACAAAGUUGCCAAAUAAAAAAAGGAAAACCGAAAAGAAAGAAAAGACCCUACAUAUUUUCACCUGCAGUACAAUUCAACCCAUGCAGACCCGUUGUAACAUAGAGAAUUGAGCCUGGCUGGUGCAGGGGUUAGAAUGCUGGACCAGGACCUGGAGAACCAGGGUUCAAAUCCCCACUCAGCCAGGAAGCUUGGGCCAAUCUCUCCCUCUCAGCCUAACCUACCUCACAGGGUUGUUGUCAUGAUAAAAGAGAGAGGAAGAGAGUCAUGCACGUCAUUGCAAGCUUGGAGGAAAGGUGGGAUAAAAAUGCAAUUGAUGAAUAAAACAAAAUAGAUAAUGAUUACUUGCGGCCAUCACAGUGGACUAAUCUGCCCAUUUAGCAAAAUGCAAGUGUUGCCAUCCCACCUGGAUUGUACCACUUCAGAAAGCAGGUUGGGAGUUGUGUGUUUGAAUGCUCCCUGUGUAUCAUCACAAAGUCCUUAAAAAGGAAAGCUAGCACGCCAGGGGAAAGCCAAGCCUACACCCCAGUGCAACCAUCUUCUAUGUUGCUGUUGUUGUUGUUAAAAAAAUCAAUCAUGCAAUUCCCACCUGCAUUUUGAAGUGGUACAGUCCAUUUCUGAAUGGUACAGUCCUUCUGGCACUGUGGUACAGGUCAGCUCCCUGUCAACAGAAGUGGAGAGGUGGAGGGAGAACACACUGGAUAACGAACCAAUUCCUGCCAAAUUUCAUCAGUUUGUCAGGAAGGUGGCAGCUGUCUGUUCUGCUUUGCCUUUCAAAACUUGUGCAGGCUUUCGCUUUUGGGCUCCGGCCUGCUUCCAUUAAAGCGUUCCUCCCCUCCAACCUCAACAGGGCCCAAAGACUGAGAAGAAGAAGCGGCGUCGAGGGCCUGCGGCAAAGACUGGCUGUGAAGGUGGUGAGACUGAGGAGCGGCUCCCUCCGAGCCCCGUGGAGAUCGUCAAGGAGGUGGUGGCAGAGGAUGGGACCAUCAUGACUAUCAAGCAGGUGAUUUCGGCCCCCGAGCUGGAGCUGCAGGAUCCUGAGUCGGAGGAUGAAGAGGAUGGCAUGGGUGAUGAGGCCUCCGGCCAGCAGGUGGAGCCUUGCCCACGCUCAAACGCCAUGCUGGCAGUCAAGCACGGGGUGCUCUAUGUUUACGGAGGGAUGUUUGAGGUGGGCGACCGCCAGUUCACUCUGAACGACCUUUAUGCUAUUGACCUCCACAAGAUGGAAGAAUGGAAGGUCCUCGUGGAGAUGGACCCAAGUAAGUUGAAGCCACUUACCAUAUUUUGCUUCAAGCUCUUGCAGCCAGCUUUCUGUUCUGUACUUCUGCCAUUACACUGGGCAAUUGCAACGUUUGUUGAUGUUAAGAAUUCAAAUUCUCUUGCAUUUAUUUUUUAAAACAACAACAGCAACAAGUUGCUAGUCGUUAGGGCUGAAGCUUUCUUGAAAGCCUAUUGGUGCUGCCUGAUGAAAUCCCAAAAGCUGUUGGAGCCAGGGAUCAGACACUGGUGUUCUGACUCCUUGCCCUUCCCCAGUUGGCAGCAGAAGCAAAAUCAAGACACUGACCAGAAGGAUAAAAUAACACAGUAAUCGCCAUCCUCUUCACAAUUCUACCAAGAGAUGACAGGCUUUCCAUCUGAUCAGGUCCUUAAUUGUGUUAGGACUUCGACUCAGCAAUUGGAGUUAGUGGGGUCCUGCCUGCAGGUUUCCCUCAGGCAUCUGGUCAGCCAAGGUGAGAACAGGAUGCUGGACUACAUGGGCCACAGGCCUGAUCCUGCAGGCUCUUAAUUACCUGUAUUGCACAGAAAAUAUGCACGCUUUGUUCAUUUGUCUGAUUUAAAUAGAACAGCUACCAAGGAGGCACAAACACAAACAUGCUCCGUUGCUAGGGCUUUGAUUCUGUAGUAUUUGUCAACUCCUUUCCAUGACAAAUUCCAGUGAGCUGCAAGUUUUGCUGCUGCUGCUGCUUCACAUCCAACAUGACUUCUGAAAUUUCACUGGGCACUACUCACAUUGUAUUUUUUUACCAGCCUGUCUCUGCAAACAUAAGGACUAGAAACUUAAGAGAAAGCCCUUUUUCUUAAAAUACUUGAUUCUGUGCCAGACACUGAGCAUUGACACAAAACCAGUGGGAGCAUGUGGAGCAUCCACAGGCGUCAGCAGACAGUCAGAACUUCAGGAAAGCCUUUUGUUUAACAAUCUCAUCAAGUUCCUGGGCAUUGGAAACUAUUCCUAGAAAUCUGAGGGCUGCCGUGUUUAAUUUUACUACACGAUUGCAGCUACUGGGGACAAAAGCCUAUUUAGGCUGGCAAAUUAGACAGGUGAUGGGGAUGCAGCCUGCAGCUGAGGCUGUUUUUAAUUCCUGGGGCUGUGAAUAGCGUUGGAUUUCAUCAAGUGCGCUCACACAAAGUCUAAUUUUGGCCUGGCUUAAUCCCCGGGAAAACCUUUUUUUCCAUGCCCUUUGGCUCUAAGUUGUCUGGCCUCAUUUGUGUCUGGACCUUGAAAUCUUUGUCUUAAUCCCACCAAAGUCGUCAUGUCUGUGUGUUGACGCCUUUUUAGGCUGAGUGCCUUUGGCAACCCCCAGUUGCCCAGAGCUCCAGGCACUAGCCACAAACUCCUCUUAGUUAUCCCACAGGUCUUUCCACUUCGUUUUUUCCACUUACUGUUGUCAUAGAACCAUGGAACUGUAGAGUUGGAAGGGAUCCCCAAGGGUCAUCUAGCCCAGCCCCCUGCAAUGCAGGAAUCACAGCUAAUCACAGUCAUGUAAAUAAGGUUGCUACCUGCCUUCAGUGCCGUCUCCUAGUGGGAAGGCAGGAUAUGACUCCUUUAAAUAAAGUAAAACAAAUCUCAGCCUCUGCUGCUCACAAGCCUUCCAUGAUACCUGGACACAGGCAGCUGUGUUGACUGAUUAUUAUGAUUUGUACCAUUAAUUAAAUGCAUUGCCCAUCCUUCACCAGCAGGUCUCAGGGUGGGGAGCAACAAUUAAAAAUGCAGAAUUAAAAGCAGAUUACAGUCACAGGUUGGGCCGUGAAAGCACACGCAUCUCAGCUGUCAAAGGCUGGGAUAAAGUUGUGCAUCUUCAGCAUUCGCCAAAAGCUGUACAGUUGCCUAGCUGGUCUUUUCCCUGGGUUCUAGGAACAUAGGAAGUUGCCAUAUGUCCGCGUAGCUCAGUACUGUCUGCACUGACUGGCAGAGGCUUUUCAGGGGUUCAAACGGGGGUUCUCUUCCAGCCCAACAUAGAGGUCCCAGGAGUGGAACAUGGGGCCUUCUGCAUGCAAAGCAGAUGCUCUCCCCCUCUGCUGUGGUGCAUCUGGCUGUGUUGCUUUUCAAGUGAGGUUAGGAUGUUGAUCCCAUUUCCCUCCUGCUUGAUGGUUAAUCAACUCUCUAUUCACUUAAGCUUUGAGGAGGUCUUCUCCCUCUCUGGGUACCUGAGCCCCAAUCUAGGUUCAGUAUUUUUAAUUUUGAAAGUUAGAGACAAUGAGUCUCAAGCUUGCCUUGGCAACCUCCUGUUUGCCCCAGACAGCCACCACUGUAAACCCAGGUAUAUAAAGAGUUGGCUGCUGGUCACCUGAUGGUGAUGAAAUUCUAGAUAAAGUGGCCAGAGGGGAAGCUGCUGUUCCUGCUGCUAACUUUGUAUUCCCUUUUAUACCUGUGAAUUUUAAUGGCUGCGGCAGAAACUCAGGAAUGGCUUGAAGAUUCAGAGUCUGAUGACGAGGGAGAUGUGGAAGGUGCGGAGGGAGGAGACGAGGAGGACGAGGAGGAAGAUGAAGAAGAGGACUCUGACGAUGCUGAGGACGAGGAUGAAGGUAGUUGCGCAGAAAAGAGCACCCGUGUUCUCAGAUGUUCUGGAAAGGAGACGCUUGAGUUUCCUGUCUCCGCUUGACUUUGCAUGCCAAAUGUUAGCUUUAAUGUAAUCUGCUUGACUUUUUGUUAAGUGGAUUUGGCCACGAAUUGUGCAGUUCAAGCUUCAUCUGUAAGGAAGUGGAGAUUCGUUGGGGAUUUUAGUAGAGUUGCUAUAGGGUAUUACACAUUCUUUGUGCAGCAUCUUUUUUGUCUAUGGAGUGCUACACCUGGAAGAGAGCAGGUGGUCCUCUCUGCUCUGCUCCUCAUUGCACUUUCUCUCUCUCUCUCUCUCUCUCCCUCUCCCUUCCUGCCAUCUGCAGUAGAGGAAGAUCACCCCGCUGUGCAGCCUGAUGAAAAGUACACAGAUUACCUCUCCCGGACAGAGCAAUACUGGGUGAAACUGGCCCGCCAGAAGAUGGGCCCUGAUGCCAAAGAGAAGAAGAUGGUGAAAGUGGGGCAUGCAAUGGCAAAGGCCUUCCAUGAAGGGUCUGCCUAGCGAGGUCUUGCCUGCCCCUCAAUUAACGUUGGGACAACUGUUGUGUAAACAUGCAAUUCUCCAUCUUCAGCGGAAACUACCACUUGGCUUUCUGCAUGUUAAUGAAUUGGCUGUAAGGGAGCAGUUUGCAGCUACAAGGAUUAGAAGGCCACCUCUGGCCCUGCAAGUGCUUCUCUCCCUCUCCCUCAUCCGCUCCUGCUGAUUUUGUGACAGGUUGCUGGAGCUUUGGGACUGGAGGAUGUUCCCUUGUGAUAUUGUGAACGUCACCCUGGUUGGCACAGGGAUGCCUUCCAAGGGGGGGAGGCAGGAAGAGGAGAGGAAAUGGGAGAGGCUUGGGUGGGCCACUCUGAGGGAGUUGGUGGAUUAGAGGGGUCAGGUGCUUAAAAGCUUGGCUAUUCUUGUUGGAAGCUUUGAGUUUGAUACUUAAAUGUUUGAGAGUUUCAGGAGGCUCCUGUUUUCUGCUCCCAUCAUCAGACCAGGAACUGGGACUUAACCAUUUCAGCAGGUUUUAUAAAUAAAGGUUCUUUUGUCUGUUAGGAUGCUUUCUCCUCUUUAAUGGGCAGUACUGAAGAUGGGAAACCUUUUGAGCAGGGAUCUACCAAGCUCCCACCUUGUUCUGCAUCUGACAGGUGUGCCAACACCAAGCCAGACAUUCUUCAUGCUUCGAAAGCUAUAUCAUGCCGGCUUUAGUGCGCUGUCACGUCACCAUACCAAAUGCAUAGGCUGAAUUUACUCCCAGAUCGUUGCCUAACUUCUUUCCUUUUAGAGUGCAGAAAUAAAGCUUGGUUUCAAAUUCAUAGGAGGAAGAGCUCUGUGGGUGGGGUGGGGGCUGGAAGAGGCAUUUGAAUCUGCCCCACAGUGGCAAGCUCAUCAUCUGGUUCAUAAGACAUUAACUUUUUACUGUUUUUCGCAGACUGACUGUGCUGUCAGAACCAUAUUUUAUAAACAUUCACAAUGUCUUAAGAAUUCCUCAUUUUUAAAAAAGAACUUUUCUCAUUGGAAUUAGAAAAACUGCCCCCAUCAAAGGUAUUUAACCCUUAAACCAGUUUAAAUAAGCAACUACUUUCAAUUAGUUGUUAUUUUUCAGCAGCUGGAUCUGAGUAUUAGCCUAGACCCCUAAUCUGGGACUGGCUAGAGGAUUUGCAUGCCUGAGUUUAAGCUGAUUUUUGUCCUGUUAACUUCAGGUGGGGCUGAGUCUACUUCAAUCCUAGUACAGCAGCUGCAGAUGUUUUAUUGCUUGCUUGCAUGAUAAACAGAUCUCAACCCACAACCACAUCUUCAAGGAAAGGGCCAUAGCUGUACAUGCUGGCAGUUGCUUUGCCUAUAGAAAAGCCCAGGUUCUGGCCCCAGCUACUCCUGUUAAAAGUACCUCAGGCACCUGAGAUCUUGGACAGUCAAUGUAGCAGGCCCAUCCCUCAGUGGCAGGCCACGUGUGUGUUUAGCAGACAGAUGAUGGCAGGUGUCUGGUGUCUCCAGUUCAACAUCUUGGAAUAGACCUGGGAAAGUCCCUCUGCUGUAAGUCAGAGACGGACUCAAGUCUGGGUGUUAUCUAGCUCAGGACUAAGGUAGCUUCAUGUGUUCAUAUAGCUGCUUCAAAAUAGAUUCCCUGGAAAUAGUAGUUUUUGCUUCCAAGGGUCAAAUGGGCUGCUAAGGACUAACUCCUCUGAACUCUUGCAACAAAAUUGGACUCAUUUGCUCAGUAUUGGAAUUGAUAUAUAAACCUAGAGAAGGAGCAUCAAUGGGUGUUUUCACUAUUCAAUCACAGGAAUUCACUUGGCAUUGAACUGUAGAUUCAAUUCGUGUUCUUUUUUAAUGGCCUGAUUUUUGUGAUAUUUCAGUAUUAUUGUUGUUAUUUUCAAUAAACACCAUUUGAAACCAGA